AUGUACUAAUAAUCAAUAACAUAAGCAUUUUAGCGGUAACCAAUUUUUGUUCAAACAUAAUAUAUUGCUAAAUAAUAAAUUCCAAGGGUACAAUAAUAAAGAUCCAUCACUCCUGUCCUACACAAACCAAAUGCUUAUACAGUAUCUUUUACUUCAAGAGAUGAUUUUAAUCAAAGAGGAUAUCAUUUACCUAAAAAUGUAGUUAGUGAUGAUUCAUAAUUUAUGAAGGCAUUAAUUGAAGAAAAUUAAUUAUUAAAAAAGUAGGUUAUAUUAAAAAGAGCAGAACUAUAAAAAAUAAUAGAAUAAUAUCAUAAGUGCUCAUGA